AUGAGACUAUCCUACCGGAUUGGUGCGGCUGCACUUAUCAUCCUCGCCAUCAUCCUCAUCAAACGCCACCUCGAUCUCGUUCAGGAUGAUGCGCGCGUUCAGUCCGGCUGGAGUUUCAGUUCCUUCUCCGCCGAAUCUGCAGCGGAUGGCAGCAGCAGCAGCAGCAACAAUGUGAACAGUGGCAACGACGGGGUGUCGACUCCGAAGAACUCGAAACCCAUUCUUACCGGCAACGACAAGAGCAACAGCAAUGGCAAGACCAAAGGGUCCUCCGACGAUUCGGCCGUCUCUCGACCGCUCUACGAAACCACUCCCAUUAUCGUCCCGAAUGAUCGCGUUAUCGUCAUGGCAAAAUUAUCCACCGAGGACACCAGCUGGGUGAGCAAUGAUCUGGCCGAAUGGCGCAAUGUCAUAUACACCGUCGACGACGUAACCGCAUCCCGACACACCCCCAAGAACAAAGGUCGCGAAUCGCUCGCCUACCUGCAAUACAUCGUGGACCACUACGACGACCUCCCCAGCACGAUCGUCUUCAUCCACAGCCACAAAGACGGCUGGCCCGGAGCCUGGCACACCGACACCAUGGCCUACAGCAACGUGGAUUCUAUCCGAGCCUUACAAACCGACUUCGUCCAACGAAACGGCUACGUCAACCUCCGGUGCCAGCAGACGCCCGGCUGUCCCGAUGAGAUUCGUCCCUUCCGAGACCCCCCGCAAUUCGGAAAGACGGCGGAGCGUGUGUACGCGCAGGCGUGGGCGGAACUGUUCAACAACACCGACGUACCGGAAGUGGUUGGAGUAGCAUGCUGCUCGCAAUUUGCUGUAUCGAGGGAACAGGUCCUCAAGCGGCCAUUGGAGCACUACACAUGGUUCUACGACUGGGUGUUGAAUACGGGUUUGUCGGAUGAUCUGAGUGCGCAUGUGAUGGAGUAUACAUGGCAUAUUAUUUUUGGGAAGGAUCCGGUCUACUGCCCCGAUGCCUAUCAAUGCUACCAAGACGUCUACGGCAAUCCUUAUUUCUGGUGA